AUGCCUUCCUUUACGCCUUUCACCCGCUACGAUGUCUCGCUCAACACUGGUAGCGGUGAUGGCAGCAAUAAGAACUACUACGAUCAAGUCUGUGCUAUAUCACAGAAAACCAUUAACGAGAACUUUGUUCAACUCUUCAACCAACGUGAAGGACUUAAGCAAAUCAGCUAUUCGACACCGACUGAACUAGGGGGUGGUCUCCUGGAGGCCAGUUUGCUUCCCCCGCAGGUCAGGGUGGCUUUUAGCGGCGACAGUACACCUGAAUUUCUCUAUGAGAUCCACAUCAAUGAGGGUUAUAUCACCUGGAGCCCUCAGAGAUCCAUCAAGAUCGAUGGGUGGGUCAUUACCGUCAAAGCCACGUUGGAGGAUAUGGCAGUUACUCCGCAAGACGAUGAUGACGAAGAUCAAGAGGCCCUGCGUAUCGACGCGAUGAGAGAGUUGAAGAAGAACUACAAGAUCAACUCUAAAUCAAAAGGACUCAAAGCUGGAGAUUAUUCCAUCCAGAGGCUUUUUGUGGCAUUCUCUGAAUCUUCGUGGCAAUCACCCAACGAUGAGCACACAUAUGUCCCUGAUCCCAAGUCCCCCAAGGAUGCACCUAAAUUGGUGAAACUUAGAGAUUUGAGAGCCUCAACGGAGAGAGAACACUAUAUCUUUAGGCUUCUUGCCAAAGACGCUAUUAAGGUGCUGGGCUAUUGGGCUGAAUCACGUCAGCACACGGCAUAUUUCACACUAGGGGUUCAGGUGCGACUACCACUUAGUGAAACCAAGGAGGCGAAAAAGAGGGCCACCUUUACUCCGUAUGCAGUUAGCCUGCAGGCAUAUCCCUACUUUACCACCGAGGACCAAGUCAAGCAAAUGAAUCAAGAUGGCACACUCCAGGGGAAGCCUGGACAUGAUUACAACUGCAUAUUGUGGUGUGAAACCGUAGAGCAGAUGAUUGAUGGACAACUGUAUCACAGAAGACUUCCGGAGCCAAGGAAGAUCAACUAUUCCGGCAACCUAGCCGAGGCACCAACCCCAAAUUCCAGCGUGGAUGUUGAGAAAACUGGCAUGCCGGGCACUUUUAUCCUAGACCAUCGGCUUUUCCUAGAGCAGCGAAUACUGAAGCCACUUCAAGAGCUUUGCGUUGCUACCAACCUUAUCCCCAUGAGACCUAAACUCUGGGUUAGCAAUGGUACCCAAAUGUUCACUUCAAGGCUUGCAAUUGGAGUCGACCCUGAUCCUGCAGAGAUCGCAGAUAGUGGAAACGAGUGGAGGGGUUCUCUAUAUCCCGAAGAUGUGCCCAAGCAAGAUCCAGCAAACGAAUGGUUUCAAUUCAAGCCUGAUGGUCCAAAUAGAUAUAAGUGGGAAAAGACCAUUCAUGCACCUGGAAGUGAAGACGUGACCCAUACAUUCCGGAACUGCAGUGGAGCACCGGUGUGGCGUAGAUGGAAGAUUAACUCAACAAACAGCGUGGUCGUUUCCUGGGAGUCGGGGGGGGAUACUUUUCACGUGAAAGGCAGUACGUCUUAUGACCAUUGGGAAGCAUGGAGCGGUCAAACGAGCAAAUUUAUGUGGGGAAGCUACGGAAGCGAGUGCUACCGUGGAGACUUCAAGAUUACCGCAGACUGGGGAUUUUCCAUUAAAUUGAAGGUACCUCAGCCAGAUCUGUCAAUAGUCAAUGAAACAGAGGAUACAAAUGGCAUGAUUCAGCCAGUGCUUAUCUUGGUCAAUAAAACAGAGGAUAAAAAUGGCACGAUUCAGCCAGAGGUCAUCUUGGAGAAUAACAAGCUUCCGCCAAUCGAAACCAAAAGAAGUGGAGGAGACUAUGUAAAAGAUAAAACGGAUAAGAAUUUCGAGACUCAAAUCAAUAAAAACUUUAGUACGCGACUUGAAAUAGCCAUAGAGAAGUUGAAAGCUGGGUUUGCUGGUAAUGGCUGUUUCACGUACCCAGGUACUCGAACCUUAUUGUUUGGUGAUCCUACUAUCAACAAACGUGGUGAUAUCAUGUGCGUCCUUAAGUACAAGGAGCUGGAAAAAGACUUGGUCACCAUCAUCCCGCCUAGCCUAAACCAGAUUCCGGAUUCGGUGUCUCAAACGGGUAAGACCAUUGGAACUGUUCCUAUGGUCAACAAAAAUCAACCACACAUCAGCUGGGCGACAUCGCAGCUCAAGUCUUAUGACCCGGUAAAGAAGCGAGCUGUACUCAUCCUUGAGGGGCGCAAUAUUAGCGAAACGCGCAUGAGCUUUGAGAAAUUUCAAGUAGUCUUCUUGCUACAGAACAAAGAAACCGGACUCUACUACAGAGAGGACUGGGCGAAGAAGCCCGAGGGGACAGAUUGGUUCCAUGAUGCUUGUGAUGCAGUUUCAACUGUAAAGGGGAAGAUUGGCGAGUUAGUUGCUCAUGGUGGAAAAGAUUCAUCAACUGCAACAAUUGGUGCUUCUUUCGCACAGGAUGUCGAAGUUGGAACAUCUCAGAAAACUAAAGCAAACAUGGGAAUUCGUACUGAAAUUAUAACUUCAGGAGAAGACGACAGCAAAUUUUCUGAAUCUGUUAGUAGCAGGACGGAAGCAAUAUCAUACGCGUCAGACUCGAAGCCUAAAGUUACUACGCCAUCCGCACUCGUUGAUGGGCCGUCAAACACUACAGCAGCCACAGUAGCCGAGUCGAUCAAAACAACUCAGAGUCAACCAGAAGAUGUAACCUUAUUCCCAGAGACUACUCAUCAGCCAGAGCUUGCUGCACCAGGUUCAUUUGCUAAGAAGCAGUCAGAAACCACAUCUGCGGUUACUGAACCGCUGGUUCCUAUUGGACAGCCAACAGGAAAGCCCACAGAUCCUCAGCUAUUUCAAUCGGCUGAGAAGCCCAUCAUUCAAGCAGUGGACAGCGCAACGGUCGCUCAGCCCCCUGCAUCAGCUCCAGACCUGUCAGUCAAGCCCAAGCCCAAGAUGCCCUCGGAGACAUGGGCUCUCACCAAGGAUAGAGUUAGCAAAGAACUAGCAGUCUCAUUCACACUAGUUGAUAAUAAGUUCCCCCAGUUUGAAAUCUCCCCCAAAGUUGGAAAGGUGACUGCUCGGGCAGCCAAAUUCGCCAUGAUCUCUGACAAAGAUGAUAAAUCUUUUAUCUGCCUAGAACUAGACGGCUCAGUCGCUUCGGCAGGUACCUACAUUGUCCAGAUCACCGAGUAUUAUGAUGAUAUUACGAAGGAAGAAGGCCUAGUCGUAGCCCAUACUUUCUUGAAAGUUCUCUGCCAGGCGGGUGGAGGCGGUUCCGCUGAUGUGGUCACGCAGGAGGAGUUCGAUCAGCUCUCUCGUACAUAUGCUAUUGAGAAGUAA